UCCUCCUCGAGCGCUCCGCUCGAGUUCUCCGUGUUUCAUACCGAAGUCAUACUUCACAUUCCAACUUUACUGUCAAAUCUGGAGAAAUAUUUCUUUAAAAACAUCGGCGUUGUUUGAAUUUGUAAAUGGACUCAUGAGAUAGUCCCUUAAAUCUCGUGUUGUUGCACACACAGCAGAGCAGAGGUUUGCUUUUAAGUAGUCUCGGGUGUGUGGGCUCACGUAAGGGCCCAGGUGGAGCCGCCACCAUUGCAGCCAACGAGUGGAGCGCCAGCGAGAGCCCGGAGGAGGGGCACGAGGAUGGAGUGGAUGGGAUGGACAAGGCCGGAAUGGACGGGGAUGCGGAGGGUGUCUGGAGCCCUGACAUCGAACAGAGCUUCCAGGAGGCUCUGGCCAUUUAUCCACCAUGCGGCCGCAGAAAAAUCAUCCUAUCAGAUGAAGGGAAGAUGUACGGUCGCAAUGAGUUGAUAGCAAGAUACAUAAAGCUGCGGACCGGAAAAUCCCGAACACGAAAACAGGUGUCUAGUCACAUUCAAGUGUUAGCCAGAAAGAAAGUGCGGGAAUACCAAACAGGCAUUAAGGAUCAGGCCUCCAAAGACAAAGCCCUGCAGAACAUGGCCGCUCUAUCAUCUGCUCAGAUUGUUUCUGCAAGUGUGAUGAAGAGUCAGUUGCCUCCUCUUCCUCAGCACCCAUACCCUCCACCACCCAGGUUUUGGCCUGGCCACAUCCCAGGACAGUCUGGACCUUCUCAGGACAUUAAACCCUUUGCACAGAGUCCAUACGCCAGCCUACAACCCCCACUUCCUACACCUAUAUCAAGUUAUGAGCCCUUAACCAACCAACUCCCUCCCACCCCAACAGCGAUGCCCGUAUGGCAGGAUCGGACCAUUGCCUCUUCUAAACUCCGCAUGCUGGAGUAUUCUGCCUUUAUGGAGGUCCAGAGAGACCCUGAAACUUAUAGCAAGCACCUGUUUGUCCACAUCGCCCAGACAAACCCCUCAUACAGCGACCCCCUCCUGGAGGCAGUGGACAUCCGUCAGAUCUACGAUAAGUUUCCGGAGAAGAAGGGAGGGCUGAAGGAGCUGUAUGAGAAAGGCCCUCAGAAUGCCUUCUUUCUGGUCAAAUUCUGGGCUGAUCUGAACAGCAGCAAUAUUCAGGAUGGAGCCGGCUCAUUUUAUGGGGUCAGCAGUCAGUACAGCAGCGCUGAAAACAUGACCAUCACUGUGUCCACUAAAGUCUGCUCAUUUGGGAAGCAGGUGGUGGAGAAAGUUGAGACAGAAUAUGCUCGUGUGGAGGGUGGGAGGUACGUUUACCGGAUCCAUCGCUCCCCUAUGUGCGAAUACAUGAUCAACUUCAUCCAUAAACUCAAGCACCUACCAGAGAAAUAUAUGAUGAACAGCGUUCUGGAAAACUUCACUAUACUUCAGGUUGUUACAAACAGAGACACACAAGAGACUUUGUUGUGCAUUGCAUUUGUGUUCGAGGUGUCCACAAGCGACCACGGAGCACAGUAUCAUGUUUACAGACUCGUGAAGGACUGAACAACGCCAUGCCAAGUGUUUAAAUGACUACAGGCAAAAAAAGAGAAACAAAUUUAGACAAAAACACAAACAAGGACAGAACCCAAACCAGGAUACUCUGCACUAGGUUGUAUUGUAUAUUUAGUUAAGUUCUUUAAAAGGAAAGAAAAUGUACUUUCAGGGAUAAUUCUGUUUCUUUCUUUGUAUUAAAUGUAUUGUGAGAUGAGAGUUAUUGAACGUGGGUUGGACACAACCCUUUUUAUGGUAAAAACGCUAAAGGCACAAAGGUCUUUUUAAAGCGAUUGUAUGCAAAUAGCAAAUGAAUGCUGGUCAAUACAAGUCCAUCUUUAAUCAGGAACUUUCCCAAUCUACUUUGAUCACAAUCUUCAAUUUUGACACACCAGCACACGCUACCUCUAACCUUUAACAGAUUAGGGGGCGGACAAAUUGACUGUCACAAAACUUAUAGGAAAGGAACGUUGAAUGUUUGUUACGAUGGUUAAGCGCAAGUUACAUAAGUGAAGCAUAUCAGGGUCAUGUUCAAUGUUACACACGUUUGGAAGCGUUGCUCUUUAUUUGGCUUGAAUUUCUGUUUUUUAAAAAGUGUGUGAGCUGUAAGUGUGUGAGCUGUUUCUACCUCCUGGCGUUACAUGCUUUUGGAGCAUUUUUAUUUUUUUGUUGAAACCUAAGGUCUCAAAAAUAAGUACAACUGCCAAUGCAAUGUUGGUUAUUGUGAAAAACACUGCAUAUGCAUGGUGAUAGCCCUCAUUUUGAGUGCCUUGUUAUAUUCGCGGCCUACCUUCAAUAUAUCUGUGAGUUACUACAGUAUUCUGUAAUCAAGUAUCAUUGCUUAAAGCAAGACAGAACAACCCUGCUAUUGGUUUAAUGGGUCACAUGACAAAUCUCAACAGGCACUGUCAGAAAAAAAUGAUUUAAAAUCUUCCCAAGCUGUCGCUGGGACAGUACCCUUUAAAAAGGUCCUAUGGACUUCCAGAGCGUGUGCUUUAAACCUAUUUAGGAUGCUGGUCAAUCAGACAUCAAAAUACAUCAAUUUACAAAUUUUAACAGGAAUUGUUAAAAUGAAAAGGGACAUAUGACCUCGUUUUGAGAUUAGAGCAGCACGAUGUGUACAUUAAAUCUGUUUUGUUAUUAGCUUAUUGGCUAAUCGCAUGCAUACUUUUCUUUAAAGCAAGUAUUUUCUGCGUUUUGAUGACUGAAUGACCAGCAUCCUGGUACAAAACAAUAGGUUUAAAGGAUGUCCCUCAGUUUCAGAAUCAACUAAUGCUGCAUUUGUAUACAUUUGGUACUAAUAUGUACCUUUGAGAUGCUAGCAUGCGCUCUUUGAUGUACCUAUGGGGACCGCCCCAAUGACAACUAGGGACCAUUUAAAUUGUUUUCUGACUGUGUUUAAUGCUUAGUUUUAAAUUUUCACCAAAUUUCAUCUUCACCAAACAAUUACAAACACAUUAGCUUGUUUUGUGAAACUGAGCAUUUUUUAACAUUUAAUGCAAGACUAUGUAAACAGAUGAUUUUUAAGUGCACAAAAUGAAUUUAACCUUUUAUUCCAUACCUAAAAGUGCAAUAAGGUUUGGACUAUUCCGAUGCAAGGGUUCUCAGGUUCCUUCAGUAGUAUAGAAACACACUAGGUUCAGAAUGUUAGUACACAAUACUUUGAGUUUAGGUUACUGUAUGCUUCCAGUAAUGGCAACCAUAGCUUAUGGACCAUGGAUACCUUUGUAUGGUUUUUCUACACAAGUGCUAUGGCACUGUAUCGAAUAUAAUUAGUGACAUUUAUUUACAAUCAUCUGUUUAAUCAUUUAUCAGAUUUUGGUACGUUUAUAUACGUCUGUGCUAUGGUUUAUGCACAUACUGUAUUGAUUUUACAUUGAGGAUGACUGUAUAUUUCAGUAGGACAUUUUCCUUUUGGAAUAUUGAAUGCAAACGUCCACAAAACUUUUUAAAAGGGUUCUGUUAAAGACUUAAAAAUGAUGUUUUAACCAAAGAGGUCUUUAUAUGGAUGACAUCCAAAUGAAUGUGAACAUCAUCCACCAGAAAACUCUUUGUAGCCUUUUUGUGUGGUUCAGAUCAUCUGUGACAUUUAAAAGUCAUAAUUUUUUGUGUGUGUGGUUGUGUGUAUAUAUGCUUGGAUGUGUGAGAGAGAAAAAAAUGAUUUGUGAAUUGUGUAUAUUUUAAGUAUGUUAACAGGAAACGCUUUUAUUUUGGUUCUUCUUUCAUUGCUUUGUUCAAAUAUCAUUCAUGCUCUGGUUAUUAAUAAAUAUGGGUUGUAACAUCUA